AGUAUAUCUACCAGAAACCCGGUAUAGUUGCUCAUAUUGCCAACUAACUACAGUUUGAAACAUAAAAAAAAUGACUAACGACAUAUCAAAAAAGAAAGGCAAGGGUUCAAGCGAGAAAAAGGCAAGAAAAAAGGUCAAGAGAAAGGAGACUUACGCUAUGUACAUCUACAAAGUCCUGAAACAGGUUCAUCCGGAUACAGGCAUCUCCGCUCGAGCAAUGAGCAUUAUGAACUCCUUCGUGAACGACCUUUUCGAGCGGAUCGCCACCGAAGCGUCCCGCUUGGCUCAGUACAACAAGCGCUCCACCAUCACCAGCAGGGAGGUGCAGACCGCCGUCAGGCUGCUGCUGCCGGGGGAGCUGGCCAAGCACGCAGUGUCCGAGGGCACCAAGGCGGUGACCAAGUACACCAGCUCUAAAUGAAGAUUUCUACUAAAACUAUUAGUGUGUGGAGGGUGGGGGGUGUAACUCAAAUAAAACAAGAUCACACUUGCCAUUUUCCUCGG